ACCUGCACACCUUUGGCGGCGCUCCCUCCCACCUUGUCCCGGGCUGAAAUGCAGCGAGCAGAGUGGCGGCGGCGCGUGCGUCCCACCGGGGCAUGGGAGCGAGCAGGCUUCGUGUGGAUGUGGGUGAGCGGCAUGUCCCUCCGCGCUAUUGCUCGCUGCACCGGCGCCAGCGUCACCACCGUCUACCGAUGGAUACGGCGGUGGCAACGUGAGGGACACGUUCUCACCAGGACAAGGGGAUGUAAACCCCGCACGUGGAAGUCUCAGAGAUCACUCGUCAGAGACACGAGCGAAACGAAGGGACGGCAAGACGUGAGCCUCUGUUCUGAUGAUUUUAACCAGUCUAGCAUCACAAAUUCCUGCAAGUACGUGUUCCUGAAGACACAAGAUAAAGUCGACAUAGCGGCGGCAGCGGUGCCGGUGCCCAGCCAAUCCCGGCCCGCCCCGCAUUCCUCGGGCGUCAUUUGCCGCGACCCGUUGCACGAUGGCUGGCCUUGCCUCAGUGACCUCGCCUCCCCGCUGCCCCGCACACCUGCGUCGAGAACAUUCUAUUUUCAUGCCCCAGUAAUCUCACCUGAACCUGUUGCCGUGAGGAACCACCACAGACUUGCCCUGGCUUCAUUCAUGGACUACUUACAGCUCCACAAGGGCGCGAGUAAACAACUGCCGCUAAUGAGCGACUACGAGCACCAGAAGCGAUGCAUCGGAGAAUCCAUGUAUCGAUCAAAGACUGCGUUGGUCUUGGCGCAGUGGUUCACGGCCUCACUACUGUGCUUGGCUGCUGGCGAUCCUGCCCUGAGUUAUGAAAGCAUUCAUCACAACAGCGUCAAUGAGGACAGCCAACAAGAGGCCCUAAUUUUCGCUAAGGCGGUGAAAUCAGUCCUGGAAACACACCACGAUCCGCGAUGUUCUAUCCUCUUUUUCUCAGAGGCGCCCGGUGCUCUAAAAUCCUUCCUGGACGGUUUCGUGAGUUUACGUGUGCCUUACGGGGUGAGUGUGUUCGAGGUGGAGAUGAAGGACCAGGACACUAACAAAACACACGCGCAUCUCUCCAAAGUGGUGACUCGAGCCCGCCAGGUACGUUAAGUCACUAAACCUCCAC